AAUACAAACAUUUUAUAUAAUGGCUCAACUUGAAAGGUCACGAAGAUCUUGUGACAGCCCUAACAUGUCUAGACUACCUCCAUCUUCACCAACUUUUGAGCAGCUCCUAAGAGUUGAUGAGACAAACUGGUCAACAAGCCCAUCUCCUGUGCCGGGAAUAAAUCAUGAUCAAGAAGAGUUUCUGAGCCCAGCUUCCCACGGCAGGAAGUCUGUUCUUUCCAAAGUAAAGGAGAGAGCUAAGAAGUUGAGGCACAGUCUGAGUGGCAGGAAGAAACAUGGAAGCGAGCUCAACGACGAUAACACUACUCCUGCAUGGGGUGUUACCUUGGAGGAAGAUGAUGAUGAACUCGAUGAUGAUCCUGAAUAUCUUGGAGCACCAAUGUAUGAGUCAGAAACAGCACCAGAGAGCUUAAAAGAGACUGCACGGCAGCAUCCACGAGCGGUGCCUGUCGUUUCUCAGAACCAUAUGGUGCCAAACCGUAUUAAACAUGAAGCUGCAAAAGAAGAUUAUGUACUCGUUAGUCCAAACAACACCGUGACUGAAGCUGUAUCUGAAAAACUGGGACCAGCAUAUGCUGCUGUGUCUGAUGCAACCGACAAACUUGCAUCGAAGAUUGCUGGCCUUGCUAUUACAACUCCUGAAGCACAAGAGUCAGCUGCCAAUGUUCCUACUCAGACUGAAGGUGGAGGACAAGAAAGAGCAAGGAACACUGUGCAUUUUAGUGUUCCAGCAAAUCCAGGGUAUGAAGCCAAGAAAGCAGGCGAAAAUUCAGGAGAUCUGAGGCAAUAUGCCAGCAGUCCUCAGAAAUGGGACAAAGGUAUUUCUGUAAAGGAGUAUUUCAUGAAUAAGCUGGAGCCUGGAGAAGACGAAAGAGCACUUUCGCAAGCUAUAACAGAGGCCAUAAGUCCAAGGAGAAGCACUGGAGACAGUGGGGUGGUGGAGAAGGUGAAAGAAGCUGUCACUUCAUUUUUCUGGCAUGAUGAGCCCUCCAACUCAAUGGCAAAGGCUGCAAGCUCAUCUUCUACUCCCGUCUCAUCAAAGAUUACAAGUUCUGCACCCCUGCUUCGCAGCAUUUCAACCAAGGCUCGUUCUUCAGAAAUUUACCGCCCCGCCAGUGCUAACUCCUCCCCGGUCCCACUUUCAUCCAAUGCUCGUGAAGUUGUUGAGGAAGAAAAUCAUGGAAAGAUACUUCAAGCCAACUGAAGACGCGUAUGCAGCCAACAAUACAUGAUAUACAAGCAGUUUGAAUGGAUUACUUUUGGUUUUAUAUCCUCUCAAGUAUCAAAUAUAGAUACAGCAGAAGUUAGUAUAUACUUUUCCUUUAUUUUCCUUGUGACACCCGCCUGUGUCUAGGCGGAGGGGGUUUGGUGCGUAUUCCUACCAGUUUCGUUAUCCUGUAAAGAAAGAGCAAAACGAAACAGGGAUAUGGACCUUACAUCCUGAUGAAGAAGCACUUCAUAUACUCUAGCUUAAUCUCUGUGUAAAUAUAUUUUGGAAGUAAAUUGUUCAUACAAAGAUAUUCUUUGACUC